GGCUUCUUCAAAGGCACGUCUGCCGAUCAGGACAGGCGCUUCUCUGACAAGGAGCUCAAACUGCUCAAGUCCAUGAAAUUCCCUCCUGAGUUCGAGAAAAAGGUUGACAUGAAAAAAGUCAAUAUGGAAAUCAUCAGGCCAUGGAUCGCCAAAAAGGUGACAGAGCUUGUCGGCUUCGAAGAUGAGGUCGUCAUCGAGUAUGCCAUGGGUCUACUCGAAGACCCAAAUCAUACGACUCCCGACCCAAAGAAAAUGCAAAUCAAUUUGAUGGGGUUUCUCACGUCGUCCACUCCAGCGUUCAUGAAGGCACUUUGGGACCUUUUAUUAGAAUCUCAGGACAGUCCUGGCGGUGUUCCAACUUCUAUGGUCGAAGCCAAGAAGGAAGAACUUCGCAAGGCAAGG